CCUGCGACGAGCGGCAAAUCAUUGUAUCUCAAUUCACGUUAAGCCACCUUUUAGAACGGUUUCAAUUUGCUAAAUAUUUGGACGCUAUUGAAUUUUUGUCAAUUUCAGAUAAAUUGAUUUAUUUAUAUGUUGAUUUUUGCUUAAUAAUUCAAAGUGAAAAGAAAAAAUAAAAAUGAAUAAGGAUCGAUUAAUUAUCGAUCAAGCUGGAUUCACCAACGUCUAUGUGAGCGGUUGCAUAAUAAAUCCAGAAACGAAUCAGAGAACGGUAGGAUAUGGAGUUUUUUGGGGUGAAAGAAAUGAAAAAAACAUGAAAAACGGAACUCGUAAAAAUACGUCGGAAAAUAAUGGCGAAAUUAUAGCUGCUUCUAUGGCAUUGAACCAAGUACUUAAACUAAACCGUUUGAAGAGAUUGUGCAUGAACACCCGCUCGAACGUUUUAUAUGCUGUGCUCACGCAUUGGAUUGUUAAAUGGAAAGAAAACAAUUGGCGCAACGAAUCGGACGGAAAAAAAAUAAGAAAUUGUAGCAGUUUGAAAAAAUUGGACAAAGCCUUGAACAAAGUCAAAGAGCGAACGGAAGUCAUAUUCAACCACAUUCCAUUGGGCAACGUACAUCAAAAUCAGGCUGACUUACUUGCUAGAACAGGAGCAGAACAUCACUGCAUCGUGCUUGCAAAUCGCACUCCAAAAGUGAAGAAGAAGGAAAAAAUCGCUUUGGUAAAACAAGAAAUUCACUCCAUCUUGCUUGAAAAUCGGACUCCAGAAGUGAAGACGGAAAAUGUCACUUUGGAAAAACAAGAACAGAACAUCAUUUAGCACUAUGUGUACCAAAAACUGCAUUUCUUCCAGCAUUUGAACGAAUACAUAUAAAUUUGAAAUA